UUUAUAUAGAGAUGAGCACAUUGCACCGGGAAGCUGAAGUCAAAGGAAUGGUGGAAUUCUGAAGUCGACAUUAUUAGAGUCUAAAUCAUUAUGAAACGAUGGGGCAGUAUAGAGUGCGGCCCAUUUUCGUCAUCUUUUUGCUGACAUCUUUGGCUAAAUGUUCUCUAUCCCUGCCCAUAAAUGACCAAGUACCGGAGGAGACUAGUCAUAACUUGACUGAAUAUGAUACUGCGAGACAUGUAGGAAGAACGCUCAAGGCGAGUGUUUGGGAUUCGUGUGAGUUUGGUGAUACCCUAGCGCCCUAUGAUGAGAGCUGUCCCAAUGGAGCCGAGGACAUCCUACCAUGUAACCCAGGACAGCUUAAGGUUCAGGAAUGCAUUGGACAAGAUCGUGACACAUCAAGAAUGUGUGACCCGUGUCCCCAAAAGUUCUACCAGAAGUAUUAUAACAGGUGCACCCAAUGUCACCCGUGCUCCGAGUGUGGUCCCAACGAACAGAUCAAGCAGCCAUGCACCGAUGAAACGGACACAGACUGUGAGAGCAUUAUACCACCGGACCCUGUCCCUACUACCACCCCGACACCGACCACUGAUGCCCCAGUGCCAAGUCUUACAACUCAGAUUAUAGAUGAAAGUACCCCUAGGGUACCAGAUGCUACUACUACUGCGUCCACUCCGCAAACUACCAGGAAGGGACCAUUUUAUACUCAAUUUCCAACGAUCUCAACAACUCAAAACAUCUCUGCCCUGGAACCAGGCACAAGUUUAAACAGAGGGACAUCACAAACUUCUAUAGGGAUUUUGGUAUUUGCUUUCAUUGCAUGUAUUGUCGCCAGCAUUCUAUUUAUUCUGCUCUGGAAAACCUGUAAUAAAUUAGAAAAUGAACAGAGGAGAAAUAGCGAUUUGGCUCAGAGACUGGCAUCGCAGAGUAACUCUAGCCCUGUUCCAAACGUGAGGGGGUCAAAUAGUGGUCUAGAGUUUGACGGAUCAUUGGGUGAUGAUGCAGGGUCUCCAGCAGCAGAGGGGAAUAGUGGUCUUGAGCCAGAAAGAUUGUUGGGUGAUGAUGAAGGGCCACCAGCAGCAGAGGGGAGUAAACAAAAUGUAGUUGUGGAUUGCCCAGAAGAUGAAAGAGAUCUGUGGAGUAGAGGAUUGGAUAGUUUAAGAUCCCUUCUUCCCCGAAAUGUUGUUAAGGACUCAAGGACUCACACAAAAAAAGAUGCGAAAAGAAAGCAACGGGUGUCUUUCCAUAAAAUUAUAUCAGAUCGCUCUGGCAAAAAACCAUCGAUUGACAUUGAGAGCUUACAGCCGGGAGAUAGGACUAAAUUUCAGAAGCAUGAAGGCACUGAAGAGGGGAGACAUUUAAGAGAUGAAGACGUUCUUCAUGGUUCUGGAAUUCCUCCGCCAGGCAAUAGGAGAGCCAGUGAUGAUCUUCAUCUGGAAAAUGAAAAUAUUCAGCCAUCCACUAUCACCACUGCAGAUGUGCAUAACUUGAAAGACCCACAGAGGGCAAGAGAAAGUGGAGACGGUGAGAGCUUGCAGAUGGGCGACGUUGUUCGUGAUGGUCAUGUCUCCCGCGAUCCCAAUCCAGGGGAUCAAGAUGACCCCAGAAAUCACCACGGUCAAGAUAAUGAUCCUUCCCACCAAUCUCCAACUGAUGAUUUACAUUGGCCAGCAGAAAAGGUCCCAGGAUCAUCUGCUUUGCCACCAAGUAGAACAGAUGGGAAUGUAUCUUCUACCAACAUGACACCGUUAGACAAUGACGUGCAUGGUGAUGCAGAAAAGGUCCCAGAAACAUUGCAAGAAACAGAUGCAAUAGGCCCCAACGUAGUGACUGAUGCACCGUUAGAUAAUACUGCACGUAGGGAUCAUGAGGACAAUCCUCGAACCUUGCGCUCGUCGGCCCCUAUGGCUGAUCAAGAAGAAUGGCUAGAAGAACAAGAAGCAACAGAAGCCAACAAUGAGUUAGACAAAAAUACACCAAUUGCAGAAACUGAUGAAGAUGUCCUGCAGAGGUUGACCGAGCCAGGGGCAACUGUUGACGAUAAAAAUGACGGAAACGCUACCCCUGCAGCUGAAGACACGCCAGUCAGUGAUAAUAGGGUAUUGAGAUUUCUGAAGUUGAGGCCCUCUCAAUUCUUCAAGAAGCAGAGGAGGAAAAGUCAUGAUGACCAACCUGUUCAACAGACACAGCCGUUAUUACGAAACAAGGAUCAAAUGGUGAAUGAGAAGUGUGUAGAAUAUGUGGCAGAUAAAUUGAAGCUGACUAAAUUGGACAAGUUAUGCAGGGAACUUGGACUCAAGGAGACAGAGGUAGAAAACUACAAGUAUGAGCUGAAGGGUCAACAUUACAAUGGCUCGGAACUUGUUUUCAAAAUGCUUGUGAAAAUAAGAGAAAUACAAGGAAAAGAAUUUACAUAUGACAGGUUAGACACAGCCCUUCGUAAGAGUCACAACGCUGAUGUCGCUCAUGAAAUGGUUCGCAAGUUCCUCCGGUAAUCGCUCGAGCAAACUUGGACUGUCAUAUGCUCCAAGAGCAAAGUGCUGCAAUCCCUCACCUACUGAGCUGCUAAUGUGUGUACUCAUUUCGUUCAUGAGGUGUGGCGAUAGAAUGGUUUGAUCCCGUGGCAGUGGUUGUGUAGGUCAUCAUGGGUUUAAGCCUCAUCACGUCACUGAUUUCUUUUGUAAUGGAGGAGAAAAUGGAGACCAGGGGAGUGUUUCACAAAGACAGAUCCACUUUAAGUUGGACUGCAAUAUGGCAGGCCAUUCAUGCCACUGUUUGCUCCCACCAUUUACUGGCAUUUGUCUCUCGAGGGAUAUACAAAUCAUUUAUAUAUUUUUUUUUUAAUGCUGCCAAUAUUUUUUUUUUUGUAAUCGUUCAACUCUACUACAGGGUGCACCAAAAACAUGUAGCUGGUGUUCAGAAGUGGAAAAAGAAUGCUAGCAAAUGUAAAUUUUGCUCAAAAAUAAAAUUCAUUAAAAAAUGGAAUUGUAGAUGUACAUUUACAUGACAUUUGAAAAAAAAUAUAUAUAUAUAUCAACAGCUCCAUUUGUGUGAACCUUCACUUGCCUGAUAAAACAGCACUGCAAGUGUUUUUAGUUUUUUAUUUUGGUAACACACUGUAUUGUAAUAACUAUCAGUCUAAAUUCACCUUGCUUUUUUUAGAAAAGACAUAAAGAAUUCUAGAUGAUACUUAAGUCAGCAUUUUUGUUCAAAAUCAUUCACAAUUUCGCCAUGUAUAGUCUGGUUAUCUAACUGCCGAUACGUUUGUUUCAUACUAUAGUACUGGUGACAUUCCAAGAUUGAAAUCAUGCAAAAAAUAUACUGAAAUAUAUCAACAGCUCCAUUUUUGUAAACCUUCACUAGCCUAAUAAUUAUAAUAGCAGUGCAAGGUUUUUUGUAACACACUGUAUUGUAAUAUAUACCGGUAUAUAUUUUGAAUUACUUGUAAGAAAUUUAUUUUUCAUACCUUUGCAAUUUCAGUCUUUCUUUCAAACAAAUUUAACUUAACCUUCACACUGCUAGAUACGGUUAAAGAUUCAUGUUCUAUUUGAUACACUAGUUGAAAAUUCAUUUGCACUGUUUACCUCUCUGAUGUAUACAGUGUAGUACUAUUUGUAUGUGUACUGUACUAAUUUUCUACUGAUUUUUUGUUAUACAUUUUCUAAAUCCUUCUGUUAUAUGAUAAAUUAUACGAUUAUACAUGUACAGUAUAUGUUGAUAAUUCAGCAUGAAUUUGGCUAUUUUAAAAAGCUUCAGUUAGACACAAUCUCAAGCUUUUUAUUUAAAAACUAGAAGAAAAUGAUUGAAUAUGUUUUUCAUGUGAUUGCAAAGCAAGAAAAUGAUAUCAUUGCCUUUAUUUUGCCAAGGAAGAAAUUAUGCUUGCCUGCCAUCGAUACAUAUAUCUUCAACUGACAAAUAUCUUUGAAGUUAGUAGUUACUAUUGUUAUGCACAGUGUAUGUUGUCAUAAAUUUAGAAUCUGACAUUUUGCAUACAGUUAUUUCUUUACAGCUUACAGCAAGUUAAUUCAUUGUCUUGUAUGUACUUAUUCUAAAUAAUUGUAUGCUACUGGCUUUGUUUGCAUUGUAAUGAAAAAAUGAAAGCAUACAUUUCUAUGCAUUAUUCUAGGUAUUCAUGUUGGAACUUGUAUUGACCUAUUAUUAAAUGUAGUUAGAUAAUAUUUAGAUUAUUUACUUACUGGUAUUCUUUUAUAAACUCAUACUGUGCAUUUUCUCACUUCCGACUAAAACCAUUUACAUUAUAUACACAUACUUCUACGCUGGCUUGAAGAUGGUCCGUCCCGUACAGAAGCAGGUUUUUUUUAUACAGGUCUAUGGUACAAAAUAUAGUGAAAACAUUUUUAUAUUUUAGGGUGAAUAGGUGUUUUUGGUAACAGUUAUAUGAUUAUGUAGUUGUUUCUUUUGUAGAGGAGAGAGAAACAAGUACAGGUAAUAUAAAAGUGUGUAUGUAUAUCUAUUAUAGUUUACAUGUAGUUGCACUAUUUAUAUUGAGAAAAAAAGUUAUCUUUUAAAUGCCAAAUCGGCAAGUAUUUUCAAAGAAUUUUUUAAUGAAAUUCAACAUUUUCUUUCUUUAAACAAAACACCUUAUAUCAUAAUUGUUUUUAAAAAAUACCGUAGAUAAUAUUUUCUGUGAUAGCUGUAUUCAAGCAUAUGCUGUCUUUCAUUUUCUGAGUGAGCUGCCAAAAGGAUUACCCAACUAAGUACCAAGAACCAUGUGCCCUGUUAGUAAUAGUAUUCACAUUAUAGCUAUAUGUAGAGAAUAUAUUGCUCAAUAUUCUAGUUAUGAAGGGCAUAUACCGGUUUUUGUAUUCAGAAUUUUUGAAUAAAAUUCAACAUUUUCUUAAUCAAAACACUUUAUAACAGUUUUUGUUUAAAACCGGUAGAUAAAAUUUUCUGUGAAAGCUGUAUUCAGUAUUUUUGUAUUCUAACAGAAACUGUCUUUCAUCUUUUGAUAAAACCAUGUGCCUCUGUAAGUAAUGGUACGGUACCAGGUAUUCACUUUAUAGAAAAUACACCUCUCGAUAUUCUUGUUUUGCCAAUAUUUACUUAUAAUCGUUUUUAUACAUUGUAUUAUGUUUUUACCUGAAAGGUCUGAUUCAAGCGCAUUCGAAAUGCAAAUACAUAGAAAUUAUAUCAUAGAGUAUGAAGUUAUUAUGACUACUUCAAUGUGUUAUUAUGACUACUUAAAUGUGUGUAUGUGGAGAAAUGUUUGAAAUUGGCAUUUUCUAAGAUGAAAGUCCAGUGCAUGUACAUGUAUAUCAGUAUCUUAUAUUUACAUGUAAUUGUAUGCAGUAUAUUUCAACCUGGCAGCUAAUUUAUUAUGUUUGAUACAUUUUCUUAUUGUAUAAUUAUGUUGGUGUAUACUUAUCAGUAGCUUCAAAAGCAAUUAGAUAUAAAGGUAGCCUAGCAAAAAGUGGCAUAUAAAGAUGCCAGAAAUCGAAAGUCAAACUUAGUGCAGUUUAUUCUAAAAUCAUCUCACAUCCUAUCAGUUAUGACAAGAUUCUCUUACACAUAUGUACGAAUAUUACUUGCUAAUUGUUUUUCUGUUGAUUUGAAUGUGAAAAACCUGUUUGUAUUUUCAGUUUUAAAUAAAGAUGCUGCAAAUUAUUAUUCUAACAUGCCAUGUAUAUAAUUUGGAAGUAAUUGUUAUACUGAAUAAGUUGAUGUGUAUCCGUCACCAUUCCACUAAUUUAUUAAGGCCAUGCACCCCCUCCCCCUUCUCUCCAUUCCAUCAUUUUAGUUAUUACCGUAAUGCCUCUCCUUUACUCUUGUUCUUUCCCUCUCAGUGUUCUUGCCCUCCUACUCUCUUCUUGUUCCCUCUUCCCCUCGUUCAUUCCUUCUCUAUCUCCCUCUCCUCUCUUUCUCUCAUCUGGUCUAUUCCCCUCUUCUCCUCUCAUACCCCCUUCCUCAUCCGAACACUCUCCUCCCACCCACCUGCUCCUCACCUCACCUCAAUCUUUCUAUUUUCCCUCUUGCUCCCAUCACUUUUCUCUCACCCUCGUAUAAGCUCCUUGCUCUCUCUCUCCCUCUCUAUCUUACACACACACAGGCACUCAAUCACUAACACUCUCUCCCUAUCCCUCCCUCUCCUCCCCUCUCUCUAUCUCUCUCUCUCUCUCUCUCUCUCUCUCUCUCUCUCUCUUUCAUUCUCAAAUCAUCAGCAUAAAAAAGGGAUAAAACAAAAGCCAUGUAGAAAAUUAUGUCUUUUUUAAAAUUAUCCUUGCUCUUUACUUUUCAAUAUUUUGAACAUUUUCUUGCAUUGGAAUAUGAAUUUAUGAGGAGUUGAACGACAUCUUGAAUCACUCUAGCAUCACUAAAUAUUUAUAGCGUAUUAGAAAAUACAUCAUCAUGAAGGCAGUUCUGGCUUUUUUUUUAAUCACCACAUCUGUAGUUGGGGAGUAUUGUAUACCUUUAGGUACAAUCUUCAAUUAUCAUGGCAGUUCUUUAUAUUAAACGAUCUGAUUAUACGUUGUAAAAUGUCAAUAUUGACUUUAUAUGUACUUAAUUUUUGUACUUAGUUAUUUAAAUAUACGAUAUUCACAUUGAAACUGAAAUCAAUAAUUUAAGUAUGGUAAUUAAGAUAUAUUUCAUGUUGUGUUCACUUUUCUAUUUGACAAAGUUUUUGUUGUUAUCGAAUUUAUGUUUUAACACUAUUGGAUGCAACAAUGAUUAAAUAAAUAUUAAAAAUGCAUGUA